GCCUUAAAGAAACGCAGUGAUGGCUCGGAUCGGUGACGUGGCGCCAUGUGAGGCGUCGGAUUGUGGAGAAAAACCACAAUCCGCGCCUCACCGCAUCCAACGGUAACGGUGAAGGCGCGGGUGGCGCGGAUCGCUGACGUGGAAAGCGGGGCUAUCACCGCUUUUGUCAUUAAUGGUGAAGUGCCCGCGCGCGUCCACGUCAGCGAUCCGCGCGCUCUUCACCGUUUUUGACAUCAACGGUCAAGAUCACUUCACCGCACCCCUUAUCAACGGUCAAAAGAUCCCCGUUGUUGACGAAAGCGGGGAUUGUUUCCCCGUUUUUCUCAUCAGCGGGGAUUGCAUCACUGCUGUAGUCAAAAGCGGUGAUGUUAUCACCAUUUUAGCCUAAAACGGUGAAUAUAAUCACUGUCUUUGUCUUCGACAGUGAUGUUGAAACUGCUGUACUUUGGGAAAUAAGUUUAUAAGUACUGUAUUUAGGGGAAAAAAUUUAAUAAUUAGAGUAUUCUGGGAUUUUUUCCUCCCUAAAGACCAUGUCUUCAAAUUUCAAACGUCGUCGGCUGGAGACAAUCCCGAUCGGCGGCGAAAAAGAAGUAGACCGGAUCUCAAAAUUACCAGACGAGAUCAUCCAUAGGAUACUCGCACGGGUAGAAUCCCAAAAGGAAGCUGCAAAAGCCAGCGUCCUGUCCCAAAGAUGGUCCAAGCUCUGGCAAUCUUACCCUAUCCUCGACUUCGACAAUAUCCAAUUCGAUUCGACCCAAUCGACGGAGAAAUCGCCGCCGCUGUGUCGGAAAAGUUCAGUCGUAGAAGCGACGAUACCCUGGUCGCCAUAGAGGGCCGUUAGAAUCAAGUUCAAUCAUCACAAAAAGAGUGGGACGUAAAAUUCUGCUCUGCUUUCCUCGAUGACAUGUUGGAGUUGGCUGCAAAGACAUCUCCCCCGCCCCAAGAGAUUCACAUUGUAGCCGAAGUUGAUCGCAAGACUUUCAGGUAUCUCGAUUUCGACGGUUCGGGGACAUAUAACCCAGAUCCAAUUCCAACCCUAACCACCGAUUUCGCCUCAAAAUUCUAAAGUUGGUUGAUAGACUGUUAAUUACACAUGUUUUUACCCCUAUUCUUGAGCCGUUUGAAAUGUCGAUUCUCGCGUUUUAGGACGAUUUCACGCUAGGUUGUUCUUGUUUGUGAUAUUUCAGGUCCUAGUACGUGAAUGAAGGUUUGGGAACGAGUUCGAGGUCGAUUGGACGAAGUUUGGACGUUUGGCGAGAAGCUGAGAAGUCACACGGGCAUGCCUAAAAGCCACACGGCCGUGUAGGGGCCCCUUGUGGCCGUGUGAAGGCUCGGUAAAAGCCACACGGGCAGCCUGGGGAGCCACACGGCCGUGUGGCCUCUGCCCGUGCAGCUUGCCUGGUUUCCCACUAAUCGUAACGCCGCGUUUGGACACUCACACGGGCAGCUGGGAAAGUCACACGGCCGUGUGAGUCGGGAAUUUUUGGUUUUAAGCCAAUUUCGAGCCAAAGGAGAGAGAGAGCUGGGUUUUGGUUCCCAAACACCCAAGGGACGAACCCUAGAGAGAGAGAGAGCGACUUGGGAACAUUCUUGGAGCUAUUUUGGAGGAUUUCUUCGCCAUUGGAGCUCGGUAAUCAAGCUUGGAGAUGGAGAUUGAAGAUCUAGAUCAGAUUUUUGCAAUCUCUCUCUUCUCUAUGGAGUAACUUCCCUUCACUUAGGUUUUGAGGAACCCUAGUUCCAUGUGUUAGGAUCUUUAUUGUAUGAAGUUUUGGAUGCUAUAUUGUUUGAUUAUAAUCGAUUGAGGCAUGAUUUAUAGAGUCAAUUGAAGCCUGAUCAUCUUCUCUUGAUUUCUGCUUUAACCUAUGAUAGAUAGAAUCUGAUUAGGUUAAGAGAGCUUCCUUGAUUGAUAGUGGUGAAUUGGUUGUGCGAGAGUCAAUCAAUUCACUGCUUUGUACUGGAAUUCAUUCCAGUAGUGGAGAUCUGUGUGAAUCGCCUUAGCAGUCUAUCCCGGUGAAGGCUAGUCGCCUGCCGGGUAUUCUAUCUAAGAGGGCUUGGUCAGCUUAAGAGAUUCCAAGCUAAUUUAGGAUCUUCCGCAGUUUAAUCAACAGUAGAUCAACCAAAGGUAAUUGCAAUUUGGACCUAAUUGAGGAGCUAGGGGGAAUCAUACCUAAGUGAGUUCUCAACUUGUAAUUAGUAGAGUAGUCAGUAGAGUAGUUUAUAAAUCAAUCCUUAAUCUAGUUUGCUAGAUAAUGAACUGAAGCUGAGUAA